ACCUGGAAUUAAGAGGAGGACUCCAGCCCAGUACAAUGACAGAAGAUAAGAUCACUGGAACUUUGAUUUUUGCUGUCUUCACUGCUGCCCUGAGUUCCUUCCAGUUUGGGUAUGACAUUGGUGUGAUCAAUGCACCUCAAGAGAUAAUAAUAUCCCAUUAUAGACAUGUCUUGGGGAUUCCACUGGAUGACCGAAAGGCUAUCAACAACUAUGCUGUCAACAGCACAGAGGCACUGCCCACAGUCACAUACCCAGGGAACCUAGUACCAGCUGGGGAAGAGGCUAUGGCAUCUGCUGGCCUAAUCACCAUGCUCUGGUCCCUGUCUGUGUCCAGCUUUGCAGUUGGUGGAAUGAUUGCAUCAUUUUUUGGUGGAUGGCUUGGGGACAAGCUUGGAAGAAUCAAGGCCUUGAUGGUAGCAAACAUUCUCUCAUUAGCUGGAGCUCUUUUGAUGGGGUUUUCCAAAUUGGGACCAUCUCAUAUUCUUAUAAUUGCAGGAAGAAGCAUAUCAGGACUCUACUGUGGGUUAAUCUCAGGGCUGGUUCCAAUGUAUAUUGGUGAAAUUGCUCCAACCACGCUCAGGGGUGCUCUUGGCACUUUUCACCAGCUAGCCAUUGUCACCGGCAUUCUUAUUAGUCAGAUUGUUGGCCUUGAGUUUAUCCUGGGCAAUCAUGAUCUAUGGCACAUCCUGCUUGGCCUGUCUGCUGUGCGGGCCCUUCUCCAGUUUCUGCUACUCUUCUUCUGUCCAGAAAGCCCCAGAUAUCUUUAUAUCACAUUGGAAGAAGAAGCAAAAGCAAAGCAAAGCUUAAAAAGACUCAGAGGAAGUGAUGAUGUCACCAAAGACAUAAAUGAGAUGAAAAAAGAAAAAGAAGAAGCAUCAAGUGAGCAGAAAGUCUCCAUAAUUCAGCUCUUCACUAAUUCUAGCUACAGACAGCCUAUCAUUGUGUCAUUGAUGCUGCAUGCGGCUCAGCAAUUUUCUGGAAUCAAUGGGAUAUUCUACUACUCAACCAGCAUUUUUCAGACAGCUGGAAUCAGCAAACCUGUUUAUGCAACCAUCGGAGUUGGUGCCAUCAACCUGGUUUUCACUGUUUUCUCUGUAUUGCUUGUGGAGAAGGCAGGGCGGCGCUCUCUGUUUCUAAUUGGAAUGAGUGGGAUGUUUUUCUGUACCAUCUUCAUGUCACUGGGACUUGUUCUUCUGGAUAAGUUUGCUUGGAUGAGUUACGUGAGCAUGACGGCCAUCUUCCUCUUUGUCAGUUUCUUUGAAAUUGGACCAGGCCCCAUCCCCUGGUUCAUGGUGGCUGAGUUUUUCAGUCAAGGACCACGCCCCACCGCUUUAGCACUAGCUGCAUUCAGCAAUUGGUUCUGCAAUUUCCUUGUAGCUCUGUGUUUCCAGUACAUUGCGGACUUCUGUGGACCUUAUGUGUUUUUCCUUUUUUCUGGGGUGGUCCUGGCCUUUAUAGUGUUUACGUUUUUUAAAGUUCCAGAAACCAAGGGAAAGUCUUUUGAGGAAAUCGCUGCAGAGUUUCGAAAGAAGAGUGGCUCAGCCCGAAGGCCAAAAGCGGCUGUAGAAAUGGAAUUCCUUGGAGCUACAGAGACUGCGUAAAGAUGACUGCUUUUUUAUAUGAACAGGAAGGAAACUGUUUUUAAGUGACUCCUUGAGAAUUUUGUAUCUACAUCUUCAAGUAUGCUUUAUUUUUUUAGAGUUUGGUAGGCUCUGAUCAGAAAUAUCAACAAAUAUUACCACAGAAAGUAUUUUUAUAAUUUAAAGAAUAUAUUUUUGAUGGGAAAACUCUGUAAUUAAGUAAACCAAAAAGGGUAGCUCAUUUUGCUACUGUCAAAAGCAAGUAUGUCCUAAUCUUCUGACCCCUAUUUUUUAAAUAAUAAUGCUUCCUUAAAUUUGAAAGGCUUUUAAGGUAUGAUAUUAUUGCUUCACGAAGCACAGGACUAGAAGACCAAGGAUACAACUGUCAUUUAUAUAGUUAAAUCUGAUUAAACUGGAAUUUUCUUACUAAUCUCAUUCUAAGGGAGUUACAGGUAGUGGAAGUAUGAUUCAUGUUAAAUUAACUUUCAUUUCUCUCACUCAGCUUCUUUCUUGUGUAUUUGAACUUCUAUUUUGCUUAAAAUACUAUUUUUUUUUGUAUUUU